AUGGACAAAGGGUCGAGUGAUAACGUUGCGAAGGGCGCUCCUCACCAUCCUCCUGUUCGCAAGCGCAAAAGUCCGAAGUCGAAAUUCGAGGAUCUCAAGCAGGGUGCCGAGUUGCUUCUACGAGGAUCCGAGAGUCAGAUCGAAACACCUCCUCCGUUGAGCCCAACCCCCAUUCCCUCCAGGUCGGACGUUCGUAAGCGUCCCUUGCCCGGCAGCGCGUCCAAAGACCUUUUGAAGAGACCGAAGAUUUAUCCUGGCUCCCCGAACGAGGGCGAAGCGGAUGCAACCGCGGAGGAUGCUAAAUCGACCUCGGGAUACGUCUUCAAACUUGCUGGCGCUCCAAUUUCGUGGUCUUCAAAGCGGCAGACCUCAGUAUCACUGUCAUCUACUGAAUCUGAAUACAUUGCGCAAGCCUACGCCACCCAAGAGCUUAUAUGGAUCCAGCUACUGCUUACUAAACUCGAUAUUCAGCGCUUCGAUCCCACAAAAGUCUUUCUUCCAACUCCUACUACCAUUCAAGCCAACAAUCAAGGUGCUAUCGCGUUGGCAAAGAGCCCGGGCUCAUAG